UACGGGGACCCUUAAACCCUAGCAAACCAUUUCAAGGGAUUUCAGAACACAGACAAAAACAAGAGCAGAGAAAGGAGAGGCAGCGAACCAGAGAGAGAGAGAGAGCCGCCACCUUCGCCUUCAACACAGAGAUGCCGAAGUCCAAGCGCAACAGACCAGUGACGUUAUCGAAGACGAAGAAAAAGGGUAGGGAGCACAAGGAGUCUAUUGUAAAUUCGAUAAGGGAGGCUGUAGAGAAGUACAGUUCGGUUUACGUCUUUACUUUCGAGAACAUGAGGAAUCUCAAGUUCAAGGAGUUCAGGGAACAGCUCAAAUCGUCCAGCAGAUUUUUCCUUGGAUCAAACAAAGUCAUGCAGGUGUCCCUUGGUCGAUCUGUUGCCGAUGAGAUUAGACCUGGCCUUCAUAAAGUUUCUAAGCUUCUACAUGGAGAUUCUGGUCUUUGUUGUACCAAUUUACCAAAUGACGAGGUCCAAAGGUUAUUCAACGAGUAUGAGGAACAUGAAUUUGCGAGGACUGGUAGCACUGCUACAGAGAAGGUGGAGCUUAAUGAAGGUCCUCUGGACCAGUUCACACAUGAGAUGGAGCCCCUCCUGCGCAAGCUGGGGAUGCCUGUUAGGUUGAAUAAAGGAGUGGUGGAGCUAGUUUCGGACUUUGUUGUUUGUGAAGAGGGGAAGCCAUUGUCUCCAGAGUCAGCACACAUACUGCGUCUGCUUGGUAUCAAGAUGGCCUCCUUCCGGCUGCGGUUAGUUUGCAGAUGGAGCCCUGAGGGAUUUGAAGUUUAUAAAGAAGGGCUAGAUGAUGACUCAGAUGUUGAAUCCUCCUAGUGUUAUGUUCGUUCAAGGAUCCACAACGAUGACGCCUUCGCCAAGUAAUAGAGUACCGGCAUUUUAGGGGCAUCUCAGUUUUCUUCUGGAUAUCUGCUGUUUAACUCAGAUAAUGCAUAAUUCUAUUUCUCAGUGUCGGUCUUGUUGUACUAUGGCUCCAAUUUUGCGUUCAGAUUUUAUCUUACUAGUCACCGGUUUUAAACCCUAUUCGAGAGACUACCAGUGAUGAGAAUCUUGUACCUUAAAUUCUAAUAAUACCAAAGGAUUAAUGUCCAAGAGAAGGGUAUAUUUUCCAAGAAAA